UCAUUUCAAGCCAAAACAGGAAAGAUGAAGUUGUUCUUGACUGCAGUAUUUCUCUUUGUAGUUGUCUUGGUUGCCCAAUGCCACCCUAGCAGUGAUGGUAACCCACCACCUUCUAGAGGGGAUGAAAAUACUCUACCCCCUCCUCCUGACAGUAACGGCAGUAAGCCCCCUAGAGUUGAUGACAGGCCUCCACUUCCAAAUGAUUCAUUGAGACCAAAUGGUCCUGGGAAUGCUGGCAAGCCACCUUUUGGACAAGAUCAUUUGCCUAAUGGCCCACCAUCAAAUGGAAAAGGAAAGGGCAAACCAUAAAGACUAAUUUUCUAAGAGGAAGAAAACCAAGAUCACAACAUGUAUUCAAUAUCUAGUCCGUGUCCUUAAUUCUACUUUCAUACAGAAAACAUUAUUACUUCUUUUUAAAGAGCAAUAAAGCUGCAUCUUAGAAAGG